AUGCCUGGCAGUCCGCUCAAGACUCCGGUCUUUCUGAACAAUGGCGAGUUCUUCAUGGAACAGUCCAAUGUCAUCCAGAUGAACUGGCCAAAUGUGUCUGACGCAUUUACCAAGCCCGUGGCCAUGGCCUCUGCCAGCUUCUCUGGCUGGGAUUGGACUCGACCGUGGCCAGGAGGUGACGUUGUCGACGGCCAUUCUGUGCAUCUCACAGUUGCUCCAGAAGUCCUCACAGACCCGGCGGUUGUGGUGGAUGCGACGACGGUGCUGUCCUCGUUGACCUUUGGCAUUCCCGACAGCAUGAUGUCCGGCGGAAAGGCGCUUCCCAUGGACCCUUCGUGGUACAUUUGCCGCCACGUGUUUAUCACGACGAAGCCUGAGGCAAAGAAGUCGGCUGAUGGGGGCGAAAGCUGUGGCUUUCUCGAGCAGGCCUGUCUGGACGACCUCACGACACUCUUAGCCAGCGGCUGGGGCACAGCGGAUAACAACACAAUGUGCGCUCAGUUGACUUUUGAUCCAAUACCCAAGAGCUGCGGUGACUCAUUUGGAUACGCCCGACAAGAUUCUUGGUCCUGGGGCUAUAGUAAGAAGCUUGAUGCCAAUGCUAGGAAGACACCCAAAGUCACCUGGACCUGCAUCUCGUCUGGAGACGCCUAUGUGCCGCCUCCUCCGCCACCACCUCCUCCUUCGUCGACUACGACCAAACCGUCUCCCACUCCUACGGAAAUACCCAAGACCGAUGCCUACUAUGACGAUUUCACCGCUGGCUUGAGGCAGUGGACCACGUUUGAUGGCUCAUUCAGCUCAAGUUCCGGAGUGCUCGUUGCAGACUACUCGCUUGGCGGUAAAGCCCUGCUGAAGAGCAGCUACUCCAACUUCACGUUCGAGGCCGACGUUACCUUGACCAACGAAUGGGGCAAUGCUGGCCUUAUCUUCCGGGUCUCGAGCCCUGCAGAAGGCGCAGACGCCUACAAGGGCUACUACGCCGGUAUCAGCACGGAGAACAAUGUCGUGCUAGGACGUGCAUCCAACGACUGGACCCAAAUCAGCCUCGUCGACGUCGACAUUGCGGCCAACAAGGCCCAUCACCUCAAGGUCAAGGUUCGGGAGAACAAAAUCGACGUCUACGUCAAUGACAUGACAAAGGCAAAGAUCAGUACAACAGACAGCACUUAUGCCAGUGGCAUGGACGGCGUGCGUGUCUUUGAUACCGGCGCAACGUUUGACAAUGUGCAGAUCUUUCCGCUGGCCUUCAAAGAUGACUUCGUCUCGGGGUCCAUGGACAAGUGGAUCUCCUACGGAGGAGACUAUGCCACCAAGAACGCCGCGCUUGUCGGUCAGGCGUCAUCUGGUGGUAAGGCAUUGAUACGCAAUGCGUUGUAUACCGAUUUUGUUUACGAGGCGGACGUGACCAUCUGGGACGAAAGUGGUGAUGCUGGUCUCGUCUUCCGGGCUUCUAGCCCGUACGUUGAAACGGACGGCUAUUAUGGCUAUUAUGCUGGCUUUGGUAAUGGCUACAUUGUUUUCGGCCGUUCUGACAACGGCUGGAAGGAGUUGGCCAAUGUCAAAGCAUCCAUCCAACACGGAACGGCUCACCACAUCAUGGUGCGGGCCAAGGGGAACGCCAUAUCCAUCUUUGUGGAUGACAUGAAUGAGCCAAAAGUUGAGACGGAAGAUGGUACAUACCUCACGGGCUUGAACGGCGUGAGAGUGUCGGGGACCAAGACGACGUUUGACAAUGUUGUCAUUUACACUAUGUAG